AUGCCUAGAAUAAACUGUGCGCACAGCGCCCACUACGCAGGCUGAACCAGAGAGCGGUAAAAGGAAGAGUGGAGGAGGGAAAUGUUAAUUGUGAGAAUUGCCUGCUGUCAGCGUUUGGACGUUUAGCCAGCUAAAGUCAACUAAUCGGAAUCAGAUAAAUAAUACAUGUUAUAUAUUUUUAUUUUAUUUCGAGGGUAUUUUUGCUACCAUUACAUAUGGAGGCUUAUCAAGAUCAGGUGAGACAAUUUCAUAGCUAGCAAAAUAACGCCAUACAUGCUUUGUUUUGAACUAGCUAACGUUAGCUAGUCAACACAUAGCUAGCUAGCAACCAAGCUAUCCCUCCUCGUAAUAAACCUUAGCUGGCUAGCGAUGCAAGUGCUUCUGUUUGCAACCGAGUCUCUUGUUUGGGACUUUGUGUCAUGCAAAUCACGACUAUGAAUGUUGUUAUGAUUGUCACGCUAGCUAGCUACUAAAACUAGCUUGCUAAAAUGAGCAGUGGAACGUUCGAUGUGUUUCCAGGAGAGUUUGUUUGCCUUUUUUUAAACAGCUGCGUUGCCACCUUGCUAAGACUGGGCACGUUUAGCCCUCUUUUAAGUGGUCUUCAUGCUGGUGCUAUUACUAAGUAAUUCAAUCAUGCUGCUUUUCUCUCUAGUUGCUGGACUCCCCUUCCAAAAAUAGUUACAUAGGGAGCUACUACCAGCCUCCAGAUAGGCUGUCACCUUCAUAUGUGAGGGAAGCCCCUGCCCCCCUUACCAAGACGGCCAUGAACUUGCAGAACAUCACCCCGCAGGUGUAUCGGACUACACCUGAUGCUGGAAGCAAAGGUAGGCACAAUGUAGACUAUUAAAUGCCUUUGCUUAUGGGACUGUCAGCUGUUCUAGGUCCUUGGUCUAACUAUUAUGCACAUAGUUGUAGCUUGGUUACUAACGGUAAGUGUUUUUCUCCCCGUUAGCAGUCAUUGCUGCUCUGAAGACCCUCCAGGAGAAGAUCCUUCGUCUGGAGCAGGAAAGGAAGCAGGCUGAGAAGAACGUCAAACAGUUCUCCCAGGCUGCCCAUGGAUAUGAGCACUCCGUCACUCCAUGCUACGCUACAGAAGCAGAUGGCUCCAGGAAGAAAGGUAGUUGACAUUGACACUAUAUAUCUGCAACUCACUCACUGUGCCGCUUGUUGCUGUGUAGUCUGAAUUAUGCUUAUGGUGAUAAGGAACCAUGUCUAAUCUCUCACUACUGUUUUUGUCUGUGUUAAGAGCGGGUCACUCCGCUUCAGGGUGCGGAGGCUCGCUGUCAGCUCCUUGAGAAGCAGCUGGACUACAUGAGGAAGAUGGUGGAGAAUGCAGAGAAGGACAAGAACACUCUGACUGAGAAACAGGUACAGCGAGGGAAAAAAGUAUGUGAUCCCCUGCUGAUUUUGUAUGUUUGCCCACUGACAAAGACAUGAUCAGUCUAUAAUUUUAAUGGUAGGUUUAUUUGAACAGUGAGAGACAGAAUAACAACAAAAAAAUCCAGAAAGACGCAUGUCAAAAAUGUUAUAAAUUGAUUUGAAUUUUAAUGAGGGAAAUAAGUAUUUGACCCCUCUGCAAAACAUGACUUAGUACUUGGUGGCAAAACCCUUGUUGGCAAUCACAGAGGUCAGACGUUUCUUGUAGUUGGCCACCAGGUUUGCACACAACUCAGGAGGGAUUUUGUCCCACUCCUCUUUGCAGAUCUUCUCCAAGUCAUUAAGGUUUCGAGGCUGACGUUUGGCAACUCAAACCUUCAGCUCCCUCCACAGAUUUUCUAUGGGAUUAAGGUCUGGAGACUGGCUAGGCCACUCCAGGACCUUAAUGUGCUUCUUCUUGAGCCACUCCUUUGUUGCCUUGGCCGUGUGUUUUGGGUCAUUGUCAUGCUUGAAUACCCAUCCACGACCCACGAAGGAGGUUCUCACCCAAGAUUUGAUGGUACAUGGCCCCGUCCAUCGUCCCUUUGAUGCGGUGAAGUUGUCCUGUCCCCUUAGCAGAAAAACACCCCCAAAGCAUAAUGUUUCCACCUCCAUGUUUGACGGUGGGGAUGGUGUUCUUGGGGUCAUAGGCAGCAUUCCUCCUCCUCCAAACACGGCGAGUUGAGUUGAUGCCAAAGACCUCGAUUUUGGUCUCAUCUGACCACAACACUUUUACCCAGUACUCCUCUGAAUCAUUCAGAUGUUCAUUGGCAAACUUCAGACGGGCCUGUAUAUGUGCUUUCUUGAGCAGGGGGACCUUGCGGGCGCUGCAGGAUUUCAGUCCUUCACGGCGUAGUGUGUUACCAAUUGUUUUCUUGGUGACUAUGGUCCCAGCUGCCUUGAGAUCAUUGACAAGAUCCUCCCGUGUAGUUCUGGGCUGAUUCCUCACCGUUCUCAUGAUCAUUGCAACUCCACGAGGUGAGAUCUUGCAUGGAGCCCUAGGCCGAGGGAGAUUGACAGUUAUUUUGUGUUUCUUCCAUUUGCGAAUAAUCGCACCAACUGUUGUCACCUUCUCACCAAGCUGCUUGGCGAUGGUCUUGUAGCCCAUUCCAGCCUUGUGUAGGUCUACAAUCUUGUCCCUGACAUCCUUGGAGAGCUCUUUGGUCUUGGCCAUGGUGGAAAGUUUGGAAUCUGAUUGAUUGAUUGCUUCUGUGGACAGGUGUCUUUUAUACAGGUAACAAGCUGAGAUUAGGAGCACUCCCUUUAAGAGUGUGCUCCUAAUCUCAGCUCGCUACCUGUAUAAAAGACACCUGGGAGCCAGAAAUCGUUCUGAUUGAGUGGGGGUCAAAUACUCCCUCAUUAAAAUGCAAAUCAAUUUAUAACAUUUUUGACAUGCGUUUUUCUGGAUUUUUUUGUUGUUAUUCUGUCUCUCACUGUUCAAAUAAACCUACCAUUAAAAUUAUAGACUGAUCAUUUCUUUGUCAGUGGGCAAACGUACAAAAUCAGCAGGGGAUCAAAUACUUUUUUCCCUCACUAAGGGUGCGUUCGUAAAUUCACUCAGGCUAUCUACUCCGAUUUCAGAGCACUCUCAUAUGAAUGUGCCAGAGCGCAGAAUAACUGAUACAUUUACGAACACGCAACACCUGUUUAAAUAUGACUGGUGUCAGUAAACGUCGGCAAAAAAACAUAAUUAAAUUGUUGCCAGGAGCACAGUUACAGUCACCAACGCUCUAGAUAACAUGAAAACAGCCUAACCAGCUCUGCUAGGGCGAGUAAAAUCGUCAGUGAGGUGUUCUCUCGUUUGUGUCUGGAAGUAGCUAGCAAGCUAGCCAACUUUAGCCAGUUAGCUUGGGUGCUUGACUGCGUUGCUCGGAUCAACCCCACUCCUCGGUCAGUGUCCAGUGUACGCUCCGAGAGCGAAACUCUCUGAAUUUACGAACUGACAAUCUGACAAUGCUCUGAAUUUACGAAUGCCCAGAGCGCACUCUGGCACUCCAGAGUGAAUUUACGAACACACCCUAAAUAUCUUCACUGUCCAUAGAUAUAACUGAAUGUGAAUCAGCUGGCCUCUGUAGACCAGUUCGUCAUCCACUAGGCAGACAUGUUUCAUGUUAUCGUUGCUGCAUCAGACUAGAUUAACACUUGUCUUUGUUUAUCCUUUGGAGGUGUCUCUUCAGAAGCAGAGGCUCCAGAACAGCUCUGAUGCCCACACUCCGCUGGAGAAGCUGGAGAAACUGGAGAGGGACUGUCUGAAACUGUCGAAGACACAGUCUGUGGCUGAGGUAACCAAUGGUGCUUUGGUUGAAUGCGGUGUACCUAACCAUAGUAUGUGGUGGUAUAUCAAAAAGUAAAUUGAAAGUUAAUCUCUCAACUUGUCUCUGUUGUAAUCAGAGGAAGAUUGAGCUGCUGGAACAGAAACUCCUGGAAGAGGAACACGAGCGCAAACUUGUGCAGGAGAAAGCAGACGAGGUUAGUGUAAAAGCACACACAAUCAGUGGUGCAGUGGAGGGUAAACACAGUGUACUUAAACAUUUUUAUUUUGCGAGAGUGUUAACCCACCUUUUGCAGAAAAAUAAAUAAAAGUAUAGGGAGCAUGACCUUUUUCACCACGACCGGUGAUCGGACACACAAGGUUCCAUUUUCAUCAAGCCCAAACUUCCUUUAACAGCUGCAGAGGGAGCUGGAGACCAACCUCCGCCUGUGUCCUGUAGACCCUGACGAGGUCAAACCAAAGAAGAAAUCCAAGACUGCCUCUAGGGUACUACAUGCAAUAACCAGAACUUAAUGACAUGCACUUGUGCAUUUACUUACAACUAAAACUGUGCUACAUAACAUUGUCUAUUCAUUUCCUCCCCAGAAAACAAGUUUGGUGAGGCAAGAGGCCCCAGCACCACCAGGUUUCCCCAAAAAUAAACUGCCUUUCGUAGCUGGAACAGUACGUCUGCAUUUUACUUUGCAAGUAUCUCAAUAUUGGGUUUGUUGAGGGAAUAUCUCUGUGACUGACCUCCACAUCUCUCCCUAUCUUAGUCGACAAGCCCCAGCCACUCAGUGCACGCUAAUAUGCAGAGCAUCCUCCACAUGAUGAAGCACCACCAGCCCCAGCUGUGUGAGCGGGUGCGUUCCCUGCGCAGGUCUGGCUCCACUGGGGCCAGGAGAGCCCUCCAUAGGGCCCCAUCCACCUCUCCCCCUGGACCGGCAGGUCUCGCUCUGGGCUCUCUGUCUGAGUUACUGCUGGCCCUGCAGGACGAACUGGGACAGAUGAGCUUGUGAGUACUACCACUAGCUAAGAGUGUGGGUGUGUUUGUGGAUGAUGUGUAUGCAGGUUAUUGACUGAUUUUGAGGGGGCUGAUAAUGUGUUAACAUUAAUGUGUGUUGUGUGUGUGUGUGCAUGUUCAUUACUGUGUGUGUUAUUAAAAUGUCCGUCUCUGUCAUUCAGUGAGCACCAAGAGCUGGUUUGUCAAAUGGAUGAGACGCGGCGUCGGGAGACCAGGGAGGACCUAGAGAGAGAGCUGGAGCUGCUGGUCAAGAGGAUGGAGGAGAAGGGAUCUCAGAUCACCAAGCUCCGCAAACACCAGCAGACUGUAUGUACAUAACACUGCACAGAGGGAGGGGGGGAUGUUCUGGAUCUGCAGGAGAGGAGUGAGGGGUAGGGAAGAGGAUUGGUGGGGAGGGACUUUUUUUAAUAUGUCUAAUAAUACUGUAUGUCCUUUCCCUGUGUUUCCUCUCCCCACUCAGGUGGACAAACUUACACAGAACCCCCAGAAUCCUUGUCGGCGGGCGACAAGUGAGGAUGGCAGGUCUAAGGGGGGGAGCGGGGUGAGACCCUUACCCCCCUCCCCAGUUAAGACCACCUCACGGGGGGGUAAGAGAGCUGGGGUGAGUCAGGAGGAGAACCUCCAGCUGCUCAGAGAGACCCAGAGACUCUGCACUAGCCUAAAGAAAGAUGAUAUCACUUGGGAGACAUAGCUAAGACAACAUGUAUCAGAGCUGAAUCUGAAGCACCUCUCUGUGUACAGGUUCAUCUCAAACCGUACUGGAUUAUAUACAAAUUAUACCCAUUGACCAAUGGGAGAUGGAGAUGAAAGCCUGCAGACAUAGGGGUCCUUCAGGACCGGCUUUGGGAGCCACAGAAGCAAAGCAUUGUGGUUUCCAGCUUCUACAUGGUCAGAUGUUUUCUAAACAAAUAUUUAUGACCAAUGAAUGUCUCACCUUGAAGAAUAAACAUUUAUAUCCAAGAGCUUUGAAGUGAUAUGUUUGGACAUUUAAUUUGAAGUUACUUUUUAUUACUUGUAUUUGUUAUGUAUGUUUGUUUUGUUAUACACAUUGUAAAUGCACAAAAAUAGUCACGUUUUUUUCUAGUAAACACUCAAUAUAACAGCAUCAGAGUUUUGUUUUACCUCAACCUAUUUUCUUAUGUUCAAUAUUCAUGUGAUUUUUAAUAAUCUAUUAAAGCCAGCUUUGGCAAGACUUCC